AUCAUUAUGAAAAGAUGAAGGAAGAUGGCAAAAACCCUUAUUAGCUUCCUUUUACCAAAGACAUAAGCCAGGAAGCUUGGAAGUUUAUGAUUGAUCAUAUAUUCAACGAUCCAAAUUGGGAGCCCCGCAAAAUAGCUGGGGAAAAAAAUAGAAAUACUCCAGUAGAUGGUUUCUCUGUGGCUUCUCGUGGUCAUACUUUGGGUUCUCGAUCAUUUGCUGCUGCAAUCACCAUUGAGGCAGACAAGCCUAAUGGAAAGGUGCCAGAUUUAUGUGAGAGAUACCAGGCAUCACAUACAUUGAAAGACGGUGGAUGGAUCGAUCCUCAAUGUGCUGAGAUACAUGCAAGGAUGGUGGUCACGCGAGAUGAGGCCGCUCAAUCAGGAUGUUCGCUGACGGACGAAGAACUUUCGAGGAUUCAUCUUGGGGAAGCAAAGUAUUACAUAAGGGGAUUUGGGGUUGGCCCGAGGCCCUCAUCCUUCUCUUCCCAAUCCAGCUCCAACUUAGCACGGCAAGAGCUGCAGAGAGUCCAAUCUGAGCUGGAGUUACUUCGUGAGGAGCGACGAAAAGAACGAGAGGAGUAUGAAAGACGUUGGGAGGAGGAGAGAAACAAGCGUGAUGAGGAGCAAAGGCAAAGGGAUGAACAAAGGCAGCGUGAGUUUGAUGAACUGAAAGACAUGCUGAUAAGGCAAAUACAUGCACGAGACAAUAUCUGA